UUUAAAGGGGACCUAUAAUGCCCUUUUUACAAGAUGUAAUAUAAAUCUCUGGUGUCAACAGAAUGUGUCUGUGAAGUGUCAGCUCAAAAUACCCCACAGAUCAUUUAUUAUAGCUUGUUAAAUUUGCCCCUUAUUUUGCCCCUGGUUUUUGUGUGUGUCCCUUUAAAUGCAAAUGAGCUGCUGCUCCCGGCCCGCUUUCCAGAAGAGGGCAGAGCUUUAACAGCUUGCGCUUCGGUUGCUCAACAACAACAAAGCUGGAGAAUCUCACGCAGCCAAAAUGAGGAUUGUCAGUAACGGUGUUCAGCCUUACAUUGUUCAAACCGGAGUCGACACUGAUGGAGAGACUCAGGAAGAAGUUACAACUUUUAGAAUGAAACUGGACGUUUCUGAAUGGUUAGUGGAUAAAUUUAUGUAGUUGCUGUGGAGUUGAUUCAACUCAUCGACUAGCAUGUGCCGUCAUGUUAAUCUUUUGUGCAAAUCCAGCGUUGAAUUGACCCUCGUUUGUGAAGCAGUCCGGCGUAAAAUGACGGCAACAACACUCUACUACAACAACUCUUCCUCUUCUUUAAAGCAGCCCAACAUGGCCUCACCCCCUUUGUUGAGUGUUCUCAGGGGCGGGGUUUAUGUACAUUUUGGAGUUUGUGAUGUCACUAACCCGGGAAGAAGCUCAUUGUAGUUCCUAUCAGCCGUUUGUUGUAGUCCUUAAACAGAAGAAAAUAUCUCCCUUUGCAUUGAACUUAUGGCGUCGUAACUUUACAGAUGUCGUUUAUGCUCAAACAGCAACAUUACACACUAACUAAAGUUAAAAAAGUGAAAUCAUUAUCAACCACCCCUUUAAUCAAAAUAAAAAUUGAAUUAUAACAAAAAUAAUUAAUACUAAAUCCAUAAAAUGAUGGGAACCCCUAAAAGGUUCUUUAUAUGAAGUGCCUGACAGAACCCUUUAAAGUUCUAUAUAGAACCUUUUCUUCCGAAUCCAGCAGUGAUUUAGGAGCUAUUUAUAAGGAGAGGGCAAAUUUGCAUGUUUUACUGGCACAUGGCUCAUUUGAACUCUGACAUAGUUGGCCAAAGUCAAAUCCAAAUACAGUGUGGCAUCUCAAAUCCUUACGCAUUCAGUGUUAUGAGACUGAAAUUUCAUAAAGGCCAGUUAAAUAAGUUGGGCUGCAGACAGAGGCGUUGUCGGUUUUUAGAAAUUGAUGAUAAAAGGAGAUAGAGAGAGAAGUCAUCCAAGAUGUGGCUUAUAAAUUAACUUUAAUGAAGGAUCUCACUGAGUUAUCUUUAAACUUUAUGAUACAGUUAUUUUUAGUUCAGAAGAAUGACACAUCCUUGGGAAUGUCUUUGUACAAGUUGUACUGUAACUACUGCUAUAUCAAGUAGUAGAUGACACAGCCCUAAAGUGAAUAUCAUUUCCUUUUAGUCGAGGUAACAGGUAGUUUUGCCAAUGGGCAAAAUAACUAGUAGCUUACAUUUAAUGAAAGUGCAGAAAUAGCCUAUUUAAUGACCUAUAUAGCACAUGUUUUGUCUAAUAAUGGAUGCCUCACGCGUAAAUAGCCAAAAGGGGUCUUGAGCUCCUAUAAGUGUUGGAAACUUUAUGGUUGUACCAUAGAGAAUCCUUUAGGGGAAAACAUGAGGUUGUCAUGCUUCCACACAAGUUGGUAUUGUUCCUUUCUGUUGCAUUGCAAUGUGAAGUGUAUGUGGUCUGUAAACUGAACUUUGUCACCCUGUAAAUAGGUUUUAUCAUUUACUGAACGUGUACUUUGGCUCUAGCGUGGCCCUAACUGCAUAUCGCUAGCUAAUUGUAAUGAACGCAUUAUGCAAUAUGCACUGAUGUUUUGAAAGAUUUGAGCUUUAGGUCAGAAACAUACAUGUGGCGUUUGUCCUUGAGUAAAUACAGGCAUCAACAAUUUUGCCAGAAACCGUCUUCCAUUUAAUCUAGUGCAGUGAAAUAAUUGUCUAUAAAUAUCAAUAUAUAUUGUAUUAAUUUCAGGAGUUUUUUGAAUAUAGUGUAAAAAAAAAAAUCCCCCCUAAUGUAACCUAAAACAUAAGUUCAGUUGCUGCCUUAAAUGCAAGUAUAAUUAAAUUAGCUGUAAGUCAUUUCAACUUUAAUUUUGCCUAGUUGAAACUUAAAAAAAUUAAGUUGAGAUUAGUUAAAUUAUUUUGAUGGGUUAAAGUAAUGAAAAAACAUAUGUUGCCUUGACUUAUUGAUCUUAUAAUUUUUUACAGUGACUCUGGUUAUGAGAGAAGUUUGAAUUAUAUUGGUUUAUUGUAUUUAUUUGAAUUGUGUUUAAUAUAUAUCUAUAUUGCAUUUAUCAGCUGUUAAAGUAGAACUUACAUAACUUAAUGCUAUUUGGUAUGAAUUAUUUUGUUUUAUUGUUUGAAAACAAUAAUUCAGACAUUCUUUAAAGCUGAGCCCAACUAUCACAUAAAUUAUGAGAUUGAGAUAUUAAAUAAUUAAUAAAACUAGAGUGGUUUCUGAAUGAACAAAACUUCACAUGAUGCUGCGGCAAUGUUGAAAUGUUUUCAAUCUAAUUUUGUUGUCUUCCUUCUUUUGGAUGGCAAAUAGUCUGGCCUAAAGUUUUUUUUUUUUUUUUUGGCAUAAGUUCUCAGUGGUUUUAUGCAUGUGUAUAUAUAUAUUGUUAUAUUAUAUAUUUUAUAUUAAAAUUUCUAAAUCUUAAUGUCAUUUAAAAUCUGCAAACCACCAUAUGGACUAUGUCAGCUUCUGUUUUCUGUAUGUUAAACCCAUUUGAGCCACUAGAAGACAUUUUCUGACCUUGCAUAUCUCAGUGGAUGUGCUGGAAAUUAUGCUUUUACAUUUUUCUUCCUCAUAAUUUCAAUCCAUGUUCGAUUUGUACUCACAAGAAUGGUGCUAGUGGUCAUAUUUCAUGGUUUUCCACAGUUGCUUAAUGGUUUAACCAUACACUCUUCAUUUCACAUGAAUUUUUAAGCUUUUUUUUUUUUUUUUAGAAUUUAUAUGAGAAGUGAAAGUCAUAUGUUGUUCUUGAGUGUAAAAUAAGAGAACUGCAGUUUCUAAAGAAGUUAUUUGAGGACAUGCUAUUUUAUGAUCAAAUAUUUCUGUUCAGUGCUGAUAUGAUCCAGCCAGGCCAAAUAAUUAACGUUAUAAAAAAUUAUUAAUAAGAUUAAAUAAGGAAUAUUGACUGUUUCUAGGUAAAUCAGACUUUCUUGUUGAAGUCACUGUUAAGGAAAUAAUUUUAUUUCCUUUAUAGUAAGCAUUUAUUUAGUGAAACACAUCUAGUUAGUGGUGGUAAAUUCACUCCCUUCCAGGUCUGGCAAUACCAUUGGAGUAAAAGGGGUUGUGCACUAACUCAAAAAUGGUAUUUUAGGAUGAAUUUGUGGUUAUUAAACAAAAUUUCCCUUUUUUGAAAUAGUCGGUGUGAUAACACAGUCUUCCUCCUUUUUAUUUUAAUCAUUUAAUAAUGUUUUUACUCUGUCACAUUUCUGUAUUUAACUGGCAAAAUGGCAAUAGCAUGUCUAAAUUAUAUAGGAUAAGAUAAAGUACACAACAACGAAAUGGGGUUAGCAGCUCUAAAAGACGCCUAAGUAAUAGACAGUAAGUAAUAAAUAACUAGUAAAAUAACAAUAAACAGUAUAAAUUAAACAAUAUAAACAUUAGUUCAGCCACAGUAUAGUGUUGUAAAGUGAGGUAGUGCAAGAGUAUUUUAAAACAGCAUCAGUGUUGUGCGUAUGUUCGUAAUUGUAAAUAAUGUUCACAGUAAAACAGUAUAUAAUAACAAUAUAUAUAUAUAUAAUGCAGUCGUCUGAGUGUGGUUUUAGAGGGGGCAGAUAAGCUUAGACUGGUUUAAUAUUUGUUUUUUUUUCUCCAGUUAUAAAACUUGACGGACUUUAGGACCCAGCCAUUCGUCUGCUACAAUGAUGUAGCAGACCAUCUUAAACCAUUUAAGAUCAGCAAAACCAGCUUAGACUAGUUUAAUAUGUUUUUUUCCAGUAUAAAACGACAGACUUUGAGCGCCAGUCAUUCAUCUGCUACAUUGUCACAUUCGCUACACUUUACAUUGUAACAUUUUUCACUCACGUUGUUACGUUGAAACAUCCGUUCGAUCUCGUUCGUUACAGUGUUUCGACAGUCAGUCAGCGAUACUUUGUAACAGUUUUCCUGGUUCCGGUCAAUACCAGGUGUGACAGACAGAGGCAGUGCUGAGUUACAGACUACAGCAGAGAUACAGGCAGAGAAUAUCACAUAGAAAAAAUACAGAGAGGGCGAGAGAACAGAAGAGAAGGGAAGAGCGCCUGGCAGGGGCUCACAGAGACCCCCGGAUCCAGAUGCAAGUUCAUAUCCCACCUUACCGAUCGAUAUGUGAUCAAUUUUAUCAAUCCCGUCUCUUGAAUGACGCCCGGACUGCUUGAGACGUUGUAACAGGGAGGAGAAACAAAAACCUUCCCGGCGACCUUUUUUUUUUUUCUGUCUAUUGUGGAUCAUUUUCUCUCUUUGGAAUCGGAAUUGGAUUGAUCAUUCAUAAGGACAGCGCACAGAUUGGCUUCGAGGGAGUAAGAUGGGGUGUUUGGGGAGCAGUAAAACCGAAGACCAGCGCAUCGACGAGAAAACACAGCGAGAGGCCAACAAGAAAAUAGAGAAACAGUUGCAAAAAGAGAGACAGGCUUAUAAAGCCACACAUCGACUGUUGUUGUUGGGGGCUGGUGAAUCGGGCAAAAGCACUAUCGUGAAGCAGAUGAAAAUUCUUCACGUCAACGGGUUUAAUGCGGAGGAAAAGAAACAGAAAAUUCAAGACAUUCGCAAAAAUGUGAAGGACGCCAUCGUGACUAUAGUGUCUGCAAUGAGCACUUUAAUACCACCCGUCCCACUCGCUAAUCCAGAGGACCAGUUUAGGAUCGACUAUAUCAAAAGCAUAGCGCCGCUCUCUGACUUUGAUUAUACACAGGAGUUUUUUGACCAUGCGAAGAAGCUCUGGGAUGAUGAAGGCGUUAAGGCGUGUUACGAACGGUCCAACGAAUAUCAACUAAUCGACUGUGCGCAUUACUUUCUUGACCGGAUUGAUGCAGUAAGACAAAGCGACUACACACCAACAGACCAGGACUUGCUUCGCUGCAGAGUGUUAACAUCAGGGAUUUUUGAGACGCGAUUUCAAGUAGACAAAGUCAACUUUCAUAUGUUUGAUGUCGGAGGUCAGAGAGACGAAAGACGAAAAUGGAUUCAGUGUUUUAAUGACGUCACAGCGAUCAUCUUUGUGGUAGCGAGCAGCAGCUACAACAUGGUCAUAAGGGAAGACAACAACACAAACAGGCUACGGGAAGCACUUGCUCUUUUUCGCAGUAUCUGGAACAACAGAUGGUUACGAACAAUUUCUGUCAUAUUGUUCCUUAACAAACAGGACAUGCUGGCAGAGAAAGUAUUAGCUGGGAAAUCUAAAAUUGAAGAUUAUUUCCCUGAAUAUGCUUGUUACACCAUACCAGAUAAAGUAACUCCUGAACCAGGUGAAGAUCCCAGAGUGACAAGAGCCAAGUUUUUCAUUCGUGAUGAGUUUCUGAGGAUCAGUACAGAAAGCGGAGACGGCCGUCACUACUGUUACCCCCAUUUUACAUGCGCAGUGGACACAGAAAACAUCCGCCGGGUCUUCAAUGACUGCCGAGACAUUAUCCAGAGAAUGCACCUGCGCCAGUACGAGCUCUUGUGAACCCACUUCGGCUCGCCGGGACCCUUGUGCUCUUUACGAACGUGUCUCCAAACUCCCACACUCACGAGGCCAAAACCGCAGACAAAGAAUACUACUGACGUUUGGAACACCACCCUUCGGUUUUUAGUUGUUUUAUUUUAACUCGUGAUUCGGGUCGGUCGGUGGGGUGGAAAGACGGAGAGGGUCACUGGGUUUUUCCCCACGUUUUUAUUUGGAUUGCCUUUAUUUUUGCCAUUCCUUGAAGCCUUUGGCUACCUCCUUUUUUUUUUUUUUUUUUUUUUUUUUUUU